UUGCACCCGGCUCGAACCGACCAAUCAUGCAGUGCGACGAAUAAGAACGCCGCGCCAUUUUGCCGAGGCGUGCGUGGAGUGUUUGUGAGCUGUCGGUCGUGCAUGUAUGUUUGACUUUGGUGCUCGUGUCCGGCCCCGCUGACUGUCCGUAAACGAGCGACGUCUACACCUCCCGGCCUCUGGGUCUCGGAACAGCUACCUGUGCACGUGCGUUCCAGCGGCGGACUUCCCAUCUACUAGCAGACCUUGAAUAAAUGAUCCUUCUUACACACAACACGUGGUCUUGUCUCAUUUUGGUGUGCGUGUUUCGUCUAGGCUGCCCUUAUCUUACCCUUGACAGGAAGACGCCCGUGCACACCAAGGAAAUGAACAGCCCGAUAUCGCGACCAGUUCUCGCUGCAGGCCAAUUUGUGUAGGCAGUUCAUUCCGAGCCAGCGAUGUUGCUAGUGCUUUUGCUGGUGUUCGCGCACUUCACUUCGCAGACUGUGGUGGAUGCUCUGGGUGUACCAUACAGCCUGGUGGUGCUCGGUCAUGACGACCUGGUCAACGACAAAACGACUCGCAUUUGGGAUGCCGAUGACGGCACCUGCUUCUCAAUGCCGUUGGAGCUGAACGAGACAUUAGCAUCCGUACGACUUUUCCUCGACCCGCCCAUAGACAUCGGACUCGUGAGAGUCGUGUCAAAACCACAACCGAACGUUGUGUAUUACCUGCUCGUGGACAACAGCAAUGGAUUCCCCACGGCCGAAAAGGACGACUUAGAAGGCAACGUGUGGAUCUACGGCGGAGAGCUUUCUGCGAAGGUUCGUGGCGUCGACAUACAUAGCGUAACUGAACUGUGCGAAGUGUCCAUAUUUCGCAUCAAGGACAACGUAGACAAGAUGGAUCUGUUACCGCAAACAUCUGGACGUGCAGCAUCCUCGCGGCAGCAAGUGACCACUGGGAAGCUUUCAUGGCGGCUCAUUUUAUAUGCCACGUUGCCAGUAAUGGCCGUCGCAGCAAUACUGGCAGCAGUACUUUUCUGGAAAAGGAAAAAAGUACCCUGCCUUCGUGCGAGCUACGCGUCCGGACUGCAUCCGGCAAAGCGGCAGGGUAGACGGUCCCUGCCACUGACACCAGACGACGAAGAAGACAGUUUAGGCCACGUUCGACACCAGCGACACGGCAGCUCUUUUCCACAGCCGCAUCUCCGGCCAGCCCGAAUGGACCCAAUCACACAGGAACAAGCAUCAUCGCGGCUCGAAUCCCCGACAUCAUAUCCGACCUGGAAUUUGCCAACCACCUGCUCGAAGUGUCUCAUGAAUAUGCCACGCUGGAGCCUCCGACCUAAAGGGACCCCAGCAUCAAGAACAGAGAUGUCUGAGCUACAAGGAAAAAUAGCUACAGAUCCUUCAUUUUGUGUUACUUUACAUUAAAGUGACUUUAAAGAAAACAAGCACUAUAAUUUCACAA